AUGGAAGUUCCUGGUCUUGAUGACACGAUGGAGAUGGCUUCUCCCUAUCAGGGUCAUGUGGAUGAUUUUGACAUUGACCUCGAUGUGAUGGAAGACCACGCCUCAAAUGCCGACAAGGAUAUGACUGCAGCCGACGAUUACCCGGAUACAUUACAGGAAGAGGACAUAGACCAAGAUGGGCCGAGAGAUGCCGAUAUGAUGGAUGACGCCGCCGAGCCGACUAUGGUCGACGCUGACGAUCAAUAUCAGGAGGGGAGUCACAAUGUAGAGAUGCAAUACGGGAUACAGGAGUCACAUGAGGAAGAAAUGCUGGAAGAUGAAUAUGUUGAUGAUGCCGAUGCUGCAGCCCCCGAAUAUCAGGAAGUCCAGGUUUGUGACAACACAGAUAAACCAGACACACAAGAAGCGGGAUCGGCUGAAAAUGCCGUCACUGGCGAUUAUGGUCAGGAGCCUGCGGUAGGGGCUCAUCCUGAAGCGAAACCAGAGCACCAUGACGAAACUGGUCAUGAGUUGCAGGGAGCACUCGAUCAACACAACGACAACGCCGAUCGGCAACCUGACGCGCAUCAGCCUGAAAGCCCCGGAGGAGACACCAUCAACAGCACUAACCAGACAGACCAAGUAGAUUCCGAGUUAAAACCUCUUGAUGCCGGGAAGACUGGUCCGAAUCCAGAUCAUCCUGAGGGCGCUGAUGAUUAUAAUGAAGGCAGCGACGAGCACGCUGGCCAGGUUUCGCAGCCUGUUGAGGAGCAUGGUGCACAAGGAGAUGAAGGUACAGAAGAGCAAGCAGCACAGGAUCUCAGCCUACAAGGGCCUGAACAAGGAUUCGAGCAUGAGCCUGAUACGACGGGCCAGGUGACUCUGCAUCCUGUCAAGGUCUAUUAUCAGGACAAUGAGAUUUCCCUAUUUCCCCCACGCGAGGGUGAUUCUUCGGAGACCUUUUUUCUCGAAGAUGAAAGCCUUGCAUACGAACCACUCGGGAAACUUUUCGAGUCUUGUCGCGAGGUCCUUUAUGAGCAUAUUGGAGAGAACGAAAUUCUUGUGCUAGACAUUGAGUCUUUGAAUUUACAGCUCAUGGAGGACUCCACACACGUCUCGAAGGUGACCUUACACCAGAUCAUCGAUGUUUAUCUGCGCCUCUGCCACAAUGACGGAAUUGAUUCCCCAGAGCCGCUAUAUCUUACUUUGAGUACAAAGUUGACAAUUUCAGCGGAAAUCUCAGAUCUGCUAUUAGCUGCGAGCGAAGGAAAGGGGCUGUCUGAGAUUAAUUUGUGGGAUGUUUACCAGGAAGAUGAUGAACAACUCGCGGAGGGCUCCGAAGCUCAUGACCAAGAAGAAGAAACUCAUGACCCAGAAGAAGAGCCCGUGUCACCAAGCCACCCAACAACCAACCAGAACAUUGAUGCUCGCGAAUUGCAAGCUGCAUCAGAUGAAGCUGAGUCUCGCCAUGAUAUACAGGACAAUGGGGAGGCAUCUCAAGCCCAGGAGCUCGUAGGCAACGACGCGGCUUCUUUGGCAAAGCAGAGCACUAGAGUUGCUCCCUCCACCAAUGUCCAAGAGGACGAACUGAACGAAGAGGGAGAGGUUGAAGACGCCAAUGAUCCCGAGUUUGACAAGGAUACCACUGGCAACGAAGAGGCAGCUCAUGAAGAAUCAUACGAUUCUGAAGAGCAACAGACAGAUACAACUGUUACUAUAGCUCAUCUGCCUGGAGCCGAUAUGGACGAUGAGCUGGAAGACAAAGAUGGCUCUGCCAGCCCAGUGCAUAAUGACCAGACAGAUCGUGGCCUUGAGAAUGAGCAUUCUGAGAUCGAGAACAGUGACGAGGAGGAUUCCGAACGGAAAAAUCCUUUGGAGCUUGAAGUCCCUGAGGGUCCUGGAGAUGGUGACGAUGAGAGACAAGACAGUGGUUCCCUCGACCCUGUCGUCGAAGACCAUCGCACAGAACAGUCGUUGGCGGGCCAUGGUCUUUCUUCUGACGAUGGCGUCGACAAUGUUGAAGGACGUAGUCACGAUCUUGAAGAGAGUUCCAGGGCUGGUGACGGCGACUAUCUGCACAAGGAUUCGGGAUCACUUCCGAUUUCGCAGGUACCAGAGAAACAAGAACGUGAUACUCCGGAUCCUGCCGACGAUGCGCUUGGUUUCGUAGAAGAUAUGUUCGAGAGUCCUUCCAAAGAUUCUAAGAACAAGGAUGGAAAUAUCGACGACACUAGUGAAUUUGGCGAGGACCAUGAUGAGUUUGGGGACGAUACUCCAGCUGAAAUUCCAGCCCAGCAUGACGAUGAGUUGCCACUCGAUGAUGAAGAGUAUAUCGAUUUGGGAUUUGCCGAUGGGCUCGAUACCGUCGACGAAAGCCCGGCCUCUGGCUUGAAAUCUCUCGAUAACGGAGCUUCGAAACGAUCCCGCGACCCGGAAGACGAGUUUGAUCUCGCUGAGAAUCCCUCACCCGACCUCAAACGCUCGCGAUCCUCAUGA